UCGCCUCCCCGGAUUCCCCUGGCGGCUGCAUGGUGUACUGUCCUGGUGGUGAUAAACUGGAUACACUGAACAGAGCCGGUGUCAAACGCUAGCUGUGGGAUUUAACAUUUUACAUUUUGUGUCAAAAUUCUGCAUUUCAGCGCGCCGCUUGUUUUUCUCGUCGUGAGUGUCACGUAGAAUCGCAGCCCUGCAUUCCAAAAAGGAAGACGAGUACUUCACCAUGAGCUCGGAUGAUGGUGACAUGGAGAACCAGGCUGAGCUGGAAGAGAAGACGAGGCUCAUCAACCAAGUGUUGGAGCUGCAGCAUACUUUAGAGGACCUGUCUGCCAGAGUGGAUGCUGUCAAAGAGGAGAACCUGAAGCUGAAGUCAGAGAACCAGGUCCUGGGUCAGUACAUCGAGAACCUCAUGUCUGCCUCCAGUGUCUUCCAGACCACCGACACCAAGAGCAAACGAAAGUAAGGAGAACCUCGACCUAGUAUCCCUGAACACAUUCCAUAACCGUCGUGGAUGACUGGACUCUGAUCAUCAACAUCAUGGACUCUUUAAUUCCUCUUAAUACUGCCAAAAAACUACAACAUGUUUCUGUCUUGAGAAUGUGUCUUUACCUGAAUAUGUGCACUAGGUGGCAGUGUUGCGUUGAUCAAAGCUGUUUUCAGUUGUGGACUAUCAAAACAAUGAAUCAUCAGGUCGACCACAGGUUUCUGAUAUUUCAAUACAAACGCAUCGUGUGAGCUCUCCUAAUCUUUAAAUCCUUCAUUACGUCCACCAUGGCGUAACUCAGCUUCAGCUCUGAUCCACAUCGAACUUUAACCCUCAACCCAACCACCUCAAGUCCCAAGACCCCCCCGAGUACUGAGCAACAGCAGACCCAACUCUAAACAGGUGCUCCAAAACCAGUUCCAAACAUUACAGCAGUGUAAUGAGCGAGCUACACUCCCUAAUAAAUGUAUUAGACAACCACCCAAUGUGAAGUUCAUGCCACAGCUGCCAUCAAUGAACAGCACUGGUAAUUACCCAAAUCAUUUUUCAUGUUCCUGUAGUGGUUAAUGCAGCAGUAUGUAGAAGCUCUCUAACCAAAAUGAUAUUUUUAAUGCUAAAAUAAUUAUAUUGUUAUCCAUGAAUUUUCAAGUUUACAGUUUUAUAAAGAGCCCAGAAAAAUAGUAAAGCACAUUAUUAUAUCUUGAUUAAGACAUCAAAUUGUUAUUUACUGGCAUUUCUGAACAGAAGAAUUAGUUUUGGGAAUAAAAAUGUGAAUUCAGUUUGAAAUUCCUUGUUCCUGUUCAAAAUGGUAAAAAGUCGAGAGCUCACUGACAAUAAAAGAGUCUGCAUUAAAGCCCGUCAUGAUGCUGGAUGGAGGGAAAGACACGAAGUAUUCUCACAGUGUGCUCAAGUAUGCUUUAGAGUCAAUUGCAGACACUGGUACUUAGAAAAUGCGCCAAGGAAGAGGCAGGAAACUGAAGCAGAUGUCAGACACCUCAAGAUUUGAAGUACUAGAGAUGGAAGAAAGAGCACUGCUGAUCUUCAGGCAGAGAUGAAGGCUUCUACAUGAGUCUGAGAAGACAUUAUCAAGGCCUGCAAACAUCCAGGAACGCCUCAGAUUUGCCUGGGAGCACAGACACUGGACUGUUGAUGACUGGAAGAAGGUGCUCUGGACAGAUGAGUUCAGGUUUGGACUCUGGUGGAGAUUCCAUUAUGGUAUGGGGUUCCAUUCGUGGAAACGGCGUGGACAAAUGAGUGAAAUCGACGGUAUCAUGAACAAGAACGUCUACCACAACAUCUGAAUCUGAUUAGUCGUGGGUUCAUAUACCAACAGACAAAGACAAUGACCCUAAGUAUACUUCAAAGCUGUGCAGAGACUAUUUGACCAAGAAAAAGAAGAAUCUGGAGCACUGAAACUGAUGGACUGGCCAAGUCAAAGUCUGGAAUUGAAUCCUGUUGAAUUUGGGAUUAAGUAGACUGUGGGAACAAAUAGAAACUAUUUGGAACUCAAUAACGAAAGAGUCUGUCGAAAAGUACAUAAAAACAGCAGCAAGAAUGCAAGGCCAAAGGAGGUCAUACAAAAUCUGUUCUCAAAUCAGUUUGUUAUUUGAUGAAUAAAUAACAACAAUACCAGUUUUAGUUUUAAACAAGUUUCUAGAAGAUUUCUAAAAUAUUUCUGUUUCCUGGUGGUCUAAUACAUUUGUUAAGAGCUGUACAUCGUGCAUUGAUGGCUGAGUUACAUUUUGAGCCACAUUGGUUAAAAAUUGGACUUUGAUCAGGUUAACUCCUGUGUGCUUCAUUUGUACGAGGCUUCAUCUGAGCUGCAGAGUCGCCUCACUAAUCAGAGCUGAUUAAAUCUAAACCAUCGCAGCGCAAAAAAAAAGAAUCACCUUUUAGGAAAGGUACAAAUAAAAAUAACACGAUAGCUGAUAGAUGAACAUUCAGGGUUUAGAUGUAAGCUUUUUGUACCGCACUCUGAUAGACAUCUGUGGCCUCUAAUGAGCUAAUGUUCAGUGAAAUAAGGCACAGAGCUCCACUCACAGUAAGAUGUGGAUAUUCUAGUAGUCAUCAUAGGGCCUGACAAAUGUUUGUAAUAUUCCUUUAACAGCAUAAACACUCCUCUCAUGUCACCUUCAUUAAAAUCCAGAUCACUACAUGCUAAUAGCUCAUGAGCCUACACUUACAUGUGUUACUUUUCUAGUUUUUUGCAGUCAACCCACGAAUCAACAGAUAAUCAGCUCUCAGUCAGUUCACAUUUCAGUGACGUCACAUGGAAAUGUGUCUGUGCCGCAGAUGUCAUUAUCAUGGAAAAGUCAGCAUCGUGCCGAAUCUCUUCCAAUGUUGUCAGAUGUUUAUGGCUCACAGAGAUGUGUGGAACAGCUGCUGCUGCUCCUCCACCUUCUCCACCCAUCAAAUGUUUGACUUCCCGUUUCUUGUUUGAGUGCAACAGUUCCGCCUUGACAAAACGCUUUUCAGCGUUUGCUGGUGGAAGCUGCUGAGGGAUGCUGUCUCUCUCUGCACUACACACCACCGUCGGCUGGUCGGUGUGGCUGCAGCUGCUUCAGAAGAGAAGCGCGUUCGUCUCCUCUCUCCUCAGCAGCGGAGUUAGCCGUGACGAGGAGUGAGGUUUACUUGUUUAUUAGUCAGCAUGGCUGCUUCUGCCGCACUGAUCUGAUGAUGGUUUGAUUGUUACUGCUUCUAACCUCUCUGAGGAGGUUCAGUCUUUGUCACUUUUUUGUUGCUGCUUCUUGAACAUUUGUGCAGUAAAUGACCAUCACUGUUACGGUUUAGAGCCAAGGCCACAUGUCAACUUUGAUUUGAACUGGUGUCUCAUACAUGCUAACUGUUAAAGUGGCAAAGCCUCAAAUACACAGACUGUUUUCUGUGUACAUGUUAAAUAAAGGUCACCUCUGAGGUCUUGAAGCCUCUCUAACCCUGUUGCAUUUGAACAUUGUUUACAUGUUGUUUUUGUUGUUGCUAAUUUGAAAUGACUUUGUUGUAAUAAAGUGCUGAUUCUUUUUUUGA